AGAGAGAGAGAGAGAGAGAGAUUAUAAAACUGCAUUUAUGUUCUAUGUUUUCAAAUAGAAUAAAACAUAAAAAAGAGCUCAUUUCAAUGUGAAUUGUUCUUCUUCGUAGAUGAAUGAUAAAAAUCACUAACCCAAGACGAUUUCCGAUUUGUGGAGAAGCUAGUCACUACAAGAAUUCAGUCAAUUAGCUACGGACGGGCGAAUAGAUUUCUGUAGCUAAACGAGUUAGCUACAAAAAUGGCGACAGAAUAUAUAAUUUCGACUUUGUAGCUAAAUUUGUAGUUAACCGAAGGAAUUCGUAGCUAUAUAGCUAGAGAUAGAUUUUGUUGAUCUCUGUAGCUAAAUAGCUACGUCUAGGCUAGAGAUAAGUUGUUGCCAUAAUUAUUAUAUUUAGUCAUAAAAAAUAUAGUUAAAAAUCACCAAUCCCUAAACCCUAAAACAUAAACCCCAAAUUUUAAUCUUUAUACACUUUAAACAUAAAUAUAUAAAUGUUUGUGUAUAAUACCAAUUCUUAAACCCUUUAAUCCUAAACUCCAAACACAAACUACAUACACUUUAACAUAAACCUACAAAUGUAUGUGUGUUAUCACCAAUCCCUAAAGCCUAAACCCUAAAUGCCAAACUCUAUACACUUUAACCUAAACCUACAAUGAACCUUAACCUUAAAAUGUCAAAUUUUGCCAAAGUCAUAUAUACAAUUUAUUAGAAUGUAUCUUUAUAUAACUUAUUAAAAAUAGCUAUAAGUCUAAUUCAUUACUAAUUAUUUAAGGAAUACAAUAUUUUCGUAGCCAUAUAUAGAAUUUAAGUAGUAUCAAUCAUGAUAAAGUCAUAUAUAUAAUUCAUUAGAAUGUAGUUUUCCAUAUAAUUUACAAAAAUAUGGCUAUAAAUCUAGUUUAUUACAGUGUAAUCAUAUAAAGAAUGAAUUAUUUUUGUCACAUAAAAUUCUUUAGUCUCACCGUUCUCUCUCCUUCUCAGCGUCUCUCUGACCAAGAUUUUAAAAUAAAAUAACAAGGUGGAUUGUUAGUGGUCGAUGUAAAAGGGCGAUGAUAACUCCUUUUCUAAUCGUAGCCGUAGAUAGUACUUUAAUCUAACGGAUGAAACACAUUUUUUUUAUUUAUCCCUUUUUAUCUUUCUUUCUCAGAUCUAAAAUCUUUCAUCCAUAGAGAUAUUUACAUAGAAAGUUACUUUUUCAGUUUUGUUUGCAUCUUCACAUACUAUGUAACCGAGGAGUACUUUGUGACUUACUUUAUCAUUUUCUCUUCCGAAAAAGCCCCUUCGUUGGACGGGAUGGACUUCGUGGUUAAGAUAUAAUGGUCGAAGGAACUAUCUUUGAGUUUCUAGUUAGAUGGUCCGGUUGCAAUUAAUGGGUAGGUGCGUGAGACAGUGGUAUUUAUUUUGAGCCGUUAGGUUUAGUUAUUUUUGAAAGGAAUCCCACAAAAGAAGUACAUUGCUACCAAAAGCGGUAACACAGGUUUAUUAAUUAGGGUUAGAAAAAGGGUAGAGAUGAAACAGAAGAGGAGAGUGGGUGAAUUUGUGGUGGUGAAAAAAAAAAAAAACUUGCGUAAAUGUAGAGAAACAAAACUAAAUCUGGUUCUAGGGUAGUUAAGUCUUUUUAGCCCAAUAAAGUACUGGACAAGUCGAUAGUAUGUCUAGGUGAUAUUGAGGAAGAGAAUAGUAUGUGUGAGUCUUAAAUUGUCUUUCUUUUCUCUCUCUGCGAAUCUCAUCUCCUCAUCUCUUCUUCCACUCUACGAGUCUCAUCUCCUCUUUAUUUUCCGGUAGUGCAAGGUGUGGUGUCCUCUCCGUUCAUCUCCUCUUCAGUCUUCUCCUCUCUGGUGGUGCAAGGCAGUAUAGCAGUCCAGUCUCCUGUUGUCUCCUCAAUGGUCACAGACUCGCAGUCCAAUCUCUUUUCUUUUCCUCUGCAGUCAUGUCUCCUCUCUGUUCCCCUGAAGUCCAAGCUUCUCCCUGCUCUUCCACAGUCCAAGAUCCUCACUGAUUCACGGUGGCAGCUACAUCUCAGCAUCCCACACACAAACAUCUCCAACAGAAGUUUUUCUUAUGCCUUUAGUUUUCACUUAUUAGAUAUAGCUCUUUGUUUGGAUACUAGAACUUUCAGAUCGACAUUUCUGUUAUAUUUGGGAAUUUCUGAUUUUUUCUUAUAAUACUCUAAUGUUGUAAAACCAUUUACGUAAUCUUAUAUUCUGAAAAUUUGUAUAGAUUUGUAUUCAACAAUGCAUCUAUUGCUAAAUGUGAUAAAUAAAUCAUUCUUUUUCUAUUAUAACGUGUUUGUUGGUAAUUUUGAAUCCAACAAUUUAGAUACAAACAUUUCUAGCCAAAUAUGUACCUAAUGUGCUAUGUCAUUGCUAAGGAUAAGCCAUAGUUAACUCUGUAGCAAUUUAGCUACGCAAGAUCUAUCGCCAAGAUUGUUGCUAGUGAGCAACGGAACAAUCUUUAGCCAUGUUGUAGCUGUUAGCUAUGACCAGUUCUCUUGCAAAAUCGUAGCGAGUGAGUUACGGAAUGGCGACGGAUCCGAGUUAGCAUCGACACUGACACCACGAUUCCUAUCCGUAGCCAUCCGUUGCGUUAUUUAUUCUAGCGACGGAUUGUCCCUUUUAGCUAGGAAAAAAUCAGUAGCUAUUUGAGUGAUUUCUUGUAGUGAGUGUCACUGUCACUAGUGGCAUUGUCAAAAGAUUUAAGGGAGUAGUAAAAACCACCAUAGGAGGUGGAGGAUAAGAAGAUAUGUACUAUACUGUGAUCACUAAAUAGCAUAGUACAAUAUAUUAACUGUUUAUUUUUUCCAAAUCUACAAUAUAUUAACACUGUUUAUCUUCUUCAAAUCUGAAUCCCAUCUUCAUUAUCGUUUGUUAAAACAUCACUUGAUUAACCUUAAGAUAGCUUUUUCAAUGUGAAUUGUUCUUCUUCGUAGAUGAAUGAUAAAAAAUCACUAAGCGAAGACGACUUCUGAUUUGUGGAGAAGCUAGUGUCACUGUCACUGGUGGCAUUGUCAAAAGAUUUAAGGGAGUAGUAAAAACCACCAUAGGAGGUGGAGGAGAAGAAGAUAUGUACUAUACUGUGAUCACUAAAUAGCGUAGUACAAUAUAUAUUUGAUGCGUUAUGCAUAACUAACAUACUAUACUAUAGCUAUUAAAUAAAUAGUAUAGAUAAUUCAAUACACAUAUAUCGAAAAUUAGUAAAAUUAUAAACCCAAACAAAGAUAUGAACCCAAACAAAGAUACAAAGAAAAGUGAUGACACAUAGUUGUUGGAUCAGAUGAUUACACGGCAUGCAAAGUAUCACUUUCCAAAACUUUCAUAAAACUUGUAAAUGAGCAUGGAAUAAAUGAAAGAGAACAAAAAUCAGUAUAAAUUUUGGAAAAGAAAAAAUAGUUUCAAAAGAGUGAGAGUGAGAAUGAAAUAGUGGGAUGAAGGGUAUUUUUUUUUGUCUUUAUACAUAUUAUAUAAAGAAUAUCAUAGCCAAAGAGUUGUUAUGGUUUUAUAAGAAAAGCUACUACACAGAGUAAAUGGUUGAACUGGUAGAUGGCUAUCAAAAGGAAGAAAUGAAGUUUUAAUUAAAUCUAUCUUGCUGGUCCUUCCGACUUAUGUCAUGUCCAGCUUCUUGCUUCCUUUAGAGAUAUAUAAAAUCCAUCGCACAAUUUUGGUAGAGCUUAAAUCCACCAAAACAAGGAAUCCACUGGGCUAAAUGGGAAAUGAUGUGUGCACCUAGAGAAGAAGGAGGAAUUGGUUUUCGCAUGAUCCAUGAAUUCAAUCUUACUCUUUUAGUGAAUCAACUUUGGCAUCUUGUUCAAUUCCAGACUCAUUAGUGGCAAGAGUACUUCGAGGAAAAUAUUAUUCGCAUGAGUUCGCCUUUGCAAAUUGGCACAGUGGAUAACCCAUCUUAUGUGUGGACAAGUAUUAUAGCGGCAAGAAAGUUAUUACUUUUGGAUAUCAGGAACAAAAUGCAUUCAUGAUAUGAAAUUAAUGUUUGGCAGGAUCCAUGGAUUCCCUCAACACCAGCAAGGCCGGCUAGGCCCAGAGUCCCAGUAGUACAUACAAAGAUGACCGUAAGUAGUCUUAUUAAUUUUGAAUCAAAGGAGUGAGAUGCUUAGUUACUGAAACAAUAUGUAGAUCAAGAGAACAUACCGAUGAUUCAGAGUUUGGCCAUAAGCACUACCCAUCGACGUGAUACCUUCUGCUGAAGCUACACCAAAAAUGGUCAAUACACAGUCAAAUCUGGAUAUCGGAUAGCUGCAAACAUACUGACAGAUGAUGAGGUAAAAGAAGUUCUAGAGCCCAGUAUAAUCAAUCUUCAAGCCUUUGCUUGGAAACUGAAUGCACCACAAAAGAUUUGCCAUCUUAAAGGGCAAUUAAUUUCAGGGCAGGUAGCAGUCACAAGGAAUCUGGUACGUCAUAAUAUACGAUGUGAUAACUACUUUCCAAGAUGUGGAGAUACUUUGAAUGCCCACCGGCCUUACAAGCAUGGACACUAUCAUCAACACCGUCAAGCUCCCUAACUUUUCAUAUCUCGAGCAUCUACACCAACAUGGAUUACCUAUUUUGGAGGAAGAAUAGUAUUAUGGAGCUGGAAGAUGAUAGAGACCCUUAUCCUUGGAUAAUUUGGUACAUUUGCAAGGUUAGGAAUGAUAAGCUAUUCAGAGGUAUAGAUAGGGACCCAUUGGAGCUAGUCAGGUAUGCAGAGAGUGAGUAUCAGGCCUGGUACAAUGCAAAGGAUACUAUACCUUCUCCUCCACAGGCACAAAUUGUUGAAGAAACAGAAGCCUUAAGCUUGGGUAAUAUUUGUAAGUUGGAUGUUUCUUGGACCUCCACUGCUCAAUUCAGUGGAAUUGGUUGGGUUUGGAAGUAUAGAAUAGGAAAAAUCCAACUUAUGGGGACACAUAACUUAAGGAGCCGUGAGACAUCAUUACACUCGGAACUGGAAGAGCUAAGAUGGGCAAUAGAGAGCAUGUUACAGCAUUUGACCUGUCAGAGAUUUGAGACAAAUAGCAAGGACCUGAUUGCAAUGGUAGCGGAUCCAUGAGCUUGGCCAAACUUCUCAACUGAGCUUGAGGUUAUCCAAAUUCUCCAGAUGUGUUUUUUGGAAUUUAAGAUCAGCAACAUCCCAAUGGCGCAAAAUGGAAUUUAUGAUUCGCUAGCUAGGAAUUCCUGUACUUUUCAUAGACCUCUUUGCUUUAUUGGUUGUUCUAUUAUGAUCUGGUUAAUACCCAGACCACCUCAAGUUUGAGUAAUAGAAUAGUCGUUUGUUCCAAAAAAAAACAAACUUAAUUUUUGGUGUAGCUAUAUAUAUUCAAUCCAAUUUCUUUAUAUUAUUUUUAAACACUUGUAUGCAGUGGCAGAUCUAAAAAAUAAAUUGAGUAGGAACAUAUAAAUAAAUAAAUUAAUAAUUAUAUUUAUAUUUAAUAUUUUUAAAUAUUUAAUAUUUUUAAAAAAUAAAUUUAAAUUAAUGCAAAUAAAAUAAUUUUUGAAAAGAAAUAUAAGAUGAAUUCACAAAUAAAAGAAAAUGAAAUAAAAAUAAUAGAAUAAGUUGUUAAGAAAACAAAAUAUCGAAAGUUUGAAAGACAAAAAAAAAGUUACUAUGUGAAAAAUCAAAAGGACUAAAGGAUAGGCAAUGUGACUUACGUGAGGAAAAAAAAAUUGAUACUAUAGGUGGACGAGAAAGAAAAAAAAUCAGAAAAGGAAAGUCAAAAUAAAAUUAAAAAGCACGUUAAAGGGGUCAGAUGGACAAUCGAACAGGAGACUAGUGGGGGUAAAAUGAAGGAUUUAACCACUUGAGCUAUAGAAUCUCUAAAAAUCGCUAUGAACAUAAAUAGUAUCUAUUGUUUUGUGGGGGCAGCUUCCCCCUCCCUCUACACUGUAGAUCCGCCCCUGCUUGUACAUAUACUAAUGAUUAAUCGGGAAUAUAAAAGCAUCCUCAACGCAGGUUCUCGAGGCAAGUGCUUAGUGUAGGUCCCACAAAAACCCCAAAAAACAGUUUCUUAUAGCGCCCAAAUAAGCACAUAUUUAAGUUGGUUGUUUGCAUUGUUCGAGGGCUCUACUGACAAGUGGCGGCUCGCAAUUGGUUCGUUUUUAUUACUUUUUUUAUUAAUCAGAUAAAAAAUAUGAAAAAUAAGCAUCCCCAAAUGGAUUUCAUAGGUUAAAGAUGCUCUAAGAUUUACCCUAAAUCAUAAUAUAUACAUAGUAACGUGAAUCCAGUGUAAAUGUUUAAGUUGACUGGUACAUUAAAAAAGAAGCAAUCACAUUUUACCAGAAAAAAGAGCGAUCACGGUUAGGAAUUUUAAUGGUAGUACUCGCUGUUGGACCGUCCUAUCUGGCCUAUUAACAUAUUGUUUAAUACAAUCAAUACCAUUAAAAGAGAUAAUUUCUAUUUUAUGCUCUUAAUGAAAUACUUCAGUUUUCCAAAAUUGUCCUUAAUUUUAUUAACAACUAAAAUUUUCAUUAAUGGCAUUAUUGUCUUUCGAUUUUUGGGCCUAUCAUCUAUCUAUAUUAUUAAAAGAGAAGUACAAAAUAGAAAUACCCUUUAAUUUUACCAUUUAUUUACAUUAGAAUGCCAUUGAGAUAUUUAUUGAACCUAUAUUUAAGGUUGUUUGUCUUUUCUUAAUUUAAAUAAUAGAUUUAAGCAUUUAAUGUCUUUUCCUAAUUUAAAUACUAGAUUUUCUUAAUCAAAUCUUAACCAAAAUAAAUUUCCUAAUAUAUAUCGUAUUAACAUAUUAAAUAUUUUUAAUAUUUGUUAGUAAUAAAUAAUAAAAUAAAAAUCACACAUCAUAAUCAAUUUAUAUAACAUAUAAAUAAUAUAUAAAAUAGUUUAUUCAUAUAUUAUUCGUAUAAUUCUUUCAUAAUAUAAGUCCAAUUAGUUAUAUAUAUUGGAUUUUUAUAUGAUAUAUUGUGAUAUAAUAGGCAAUUAAAAUCACAAAAUAUAAUUAAUCAAAGUAAUAAAUAAAAUUGUUAUGUUUUAAAAUGUUAUAUUAAAAAUUAUGUAAUACAUUUUAAUUUACAAAUAUAUAUGUAUAUAUAUAUAUAUAUAUAUUAUACCAUUAGUACAAUUAAAUUUUUUAAAGUGAAAGCAAAUAUUUAUACCGUCACGGGUUAAGCUCAAGAAAUAAACAACAAGAGUGCAAGAUUAUUUUUCUUUAACAAAUUUCUUUUAAUAGAAAUUAUUGUUCCAAAUAUGUUUAUAUAUUUUAUGUAUUUAUAAAUUGAGUUUCUCUAUUUUUAAGGGAAGCUAAGAUUUUGAAAUUGGAAAAAAUUAUGACCCACCUCUAUAUUAUUUUAAUUAGGAAAUUUAAAUUUUGUAUCGAAAUAUUUUAUUAAAAUUUCAAUUUUUAAUUUUUAUUAUAACUGCAAAGAUUAAUUUUCAAUAUAAUUUUAUGUUUAAAUACUACAAAUACAUCAUCUAAUAUAAACAAAAAAGUAAAAACAUAAAAUAAAUACCCCCAGUUAGACGGGUCAAGGUCUAGGUCUAGUUACAUUUAAAUGGACUUAAUUCAUACAACAAGUAAUUUUUAUUAUUCUGGCGUAUCAUACAUUUCAUUAUGUGUCACGUUGCUCAUCACAUUACAUCGUUAGCGACAUGUUACUAUUAUAUGCUAGAAAAUCUUCUUUCUUCUCUCUGAAAAAAUAAACCUAUGACAGUUCACCGAAAUAAUUAGUUUUACACUGGGUUACAGAUUUUCUUAUUUUAGCCUAUGUUUAUGAAAUAAAUUAGAUAUGGUCCAAAUCUGUUAAUUAAUUAAUGGGUUAUGUUUAUAUAUAAUCCAUUUCAUAGCCCAUAAACAUUUUUAAUAAUAACAAAUAAAUUAAAAUCUGCAAUACCUUUAAAAAGUAAUAUUAGAUAUUGAAAUUUUCUAACUAAAUGAUUUUAAGACUUUAUCACAAAACUAAAAAAAAAUUGGGCCACUUUGUAUGUUUAGAAAUACAACCAUUGUUUAACUUAUAUACAAACAUAAAAUGGUUGUGUUGGACAUUGUAAAUUAAAUAUUUAUUCAUACUAUACACACUAUAAAAUUUCUUAUUCUAUAUAAUCAAAUCAUAUGACUUAUGUUUAAUUUAUAGAAAUCAACAAUUCAUAUACCCGCACUUUUUUAUAUAACUAAGUAACAAAUAACAGACCCGCAUAAUUGAAACUUGAUCAUGCGAUAUUUUAUAUAAUCAAAACAAAACACUUAUCCAUCUAUUUGUAGAUAAAAAACAAAAUAGUAGAAGCGCGGGUCAAAAAUCUAGUAAACUAUUGUUACAACGUAAAUCAUAUUCAUUAAUCAUUAUUCAGCAAAUUCAUACGGCUAAUAACGAUUUGAGUUACUUUGGUAAGUCAAAAUAAAGUUUAAACAUUGAAUAACACUAACCAAAAAAAAAACAGCACAGUUCGCUUUUAGUGUGGGGCUCUGAUGGAAUCGUUAAGCUUGAUCAACUCCCACUCCUCGCUAAUUAGCUAUUAGGGAAUCAAAAACUUUAAAAGGUGAUUUGAAGUAAUCAAAAUCAUAGUGAUCUAUACUUCUUUAAUGGUUAACUAGAUAUAUAGCAGCCAAACAACGGGCUUAUUGGUUACACCGCGACAAUACUAAGUAACCACUCAUUUAGUGACUUUAAUAAAACCUCUAUCGACCACUCUUUAUUUUCAAUUUCUUUUAUGUUUUAUUUAUUUUAUGUUUUAUUUCUUAAAGAAAGUAAUUUUUAGGUCAUUCGUAUGAGUACGAUACUACAAAUAUAAACAUAGCUUUGUGGUAUAAAGUUUGAUUCUAAUUUAAUAGACACCAAGAGUGCAUGCCACAUGAAAAUAUAAUACAACUUUUAUUUAAAAGAAAACAUCAACUGGAAAUAUCUGAGACCAAUAAUGUGACUUGUCCUUCUCUCAUUACUCUGGAAACAAUGUCGUUCUAAACAUAUUAACACUACACCCCUUCACAUGUGAACCCUCUAUAUAUAUCUGCUAUGGUUGGCAUUGUUUCAUAGCUAAAGAUCACAAAACUAGAGCUUGGCUUUCAAGAGAAGAAGAGUCUUCAAGAGCUCUAUCUCGCUCUUUCGCUUGGUCUUAGAUAUUUCUUUUCCCGUUCAUAGUUUUUGUCAAUAAUCCGACCAAAAAGGUGAGAGAAAUAAUCAGGAAAGCAGAAACAAAUGGCUCUACCUCACAAUGUAUGGGCAUUUGUGUUCGGAAUCAUGGGUAACAUUAUAUCAUUCGUCGUGUUCUUAGCCCCAGUACCGACCUUUGUAAGGAUAUGCAAGAAGAAAUCUACAGAAGGAUUUCAGUCUCUUCCCUAUCUUUCAGCGCUAUUUAGCGCAUUGCUUUGGAUUUACUAUGCUAUGCAAAAAGAUGGCUCAGGCUUCCUUCUCAUCACAAUAAACGCUGUUGGCUGCUUCAUCGAAACCAUCUACAUCGUCCUUUUCAUAACCUAUGCUAACAAGAAAACUAGAAUAUCCACUUUAAAGGUUCUUGGUCUCUUGAACUUUUUGGGUUUUGCCGCCAUUGUCCUUGUCUGCGAGCUGUUAACCAAAGGAUCGACACGUGAGAAAGUUCUCGGAGGGAUUUGUGUUGGAUUUUCUGUCAUCGUUUUCGCAGCUCCUUUAAGUAUCAUGAGAGUGGUUAUACGAACAAGAAGUGUGGAGUUUAUGCCAUUCUCUUUAUCGUUGUUUCUUACACUUAGCGCCGUCACAUGGCUCUUCUACGGUCUCGCUAUUAAAGACUUCUACGUUGCGCUUCCAAAUGUGUUGGGCGCAUUCUUAGGAGCUGUUCAAAUGAUUCUCUACAUAAUCUUCAAGUACUACAAAACUCCGGUGGCUGAGAAAACAGAGAAAUCCAAAACGGUGACUGACCAUUCCAUUGACAUGACAAAGCUAACUACCGUUAUGCCCACUCCAGUUUCGGAUACAGCGGUUCAUCCACCGCUUGCUAUUCACGAUGUUCCCGAGUCUCAGAUUCAAGAGACCGAGGUCAAGAACCAGAAUAUGACCAGUUUGAAAGAUCAGAACAACAAGGAUCUCGAGAACCAAAACCAACUUUAAGUAGGGAGUCUUAUUUAGACAUUAAUAAUAAUGUAUUUGUUUGAGUUGUGCACUCUAGCUUAACUUCUUUUCCUUUUUUGUAUUUUGUUGUUUCGCAUCUUUAUUGCGGUCUCUGGUACCUCUUUCAAACCAUCAUUUUCUUUCCAGGUAUCUGGAAAUUGUGCUAUGAUCAAUAAAAAUCCUUUCUAAAAAUCUAUAAAACUAUUUUUGCUAUA